UUAAGUAAAUAUGCCCAUGGUUGUUUACUGAACUCUAUAACUGCAAUAUGGCUACAAUUUAACUCUACUGUAUCGUUCAGACUACAAAAAACCUGCAUUGUUGCAAUUUGGGUUAGUACUCCAAAAUGCAGUCCAUAGUUGCAUAGGAAGUCAAUAGCUCCAAAGAUAGAAAGCAUUACAUGUUUGAAAGGGUACAUUGUUUGUUGUUGCUGAAAUGGCAGAGAUGAACUUGCAAGUUCACAUCAGAUUUUCAAAGAAGAGUGUGCAGAUGUUUAAUUUAUACAGCUUACUUUGACACACUUGAUUCUGUCAGAUAAAAUGCGGCACCUCCCAUGAUUCCUGCAGAUCUGUGAUACUACUUCCUUAUCAGUCACAUGUCAAGGACAUGUGAUGGGGCACUUAGAAGUUUCAACCUUUUAGUUAAUGAUUACAUUAAUUCAGUAUUGUAUGAGAAAGUCGGUUCUAGUCAGACUUUCGUAUUUGUCAACAUGAAGUUCAUGUAUUACGGACUUGCUUAUUUGUUUCUACAAAGUUAUAUACUACAGUGUACAGACUGUAGCAAAAUUUUGGUGUGGUAUGCCGAAAACAGUCACUGGAUUAACCUGAAACCGGUGCUGGGAAGACUAGUAGAGAGAGGGCAUGAUGUCACAGUGGUGACUCCUAAUGCUACCCUUUCUAUGGACCCAACUGAAGAUUCACCCUGGAGCUACAAAAUAUUCAAUACCUCAGUUUCUGUGGAACUAAUGAAGAGUUGUCUAGAAGAGUUCAUUAGCUUUUCAAUGUAUGAAAUGGACCACUUGAACCUCUUGGAGAUAUUCAGUAAAUUCUACCAAAUGGCAAACAAAAACUUGAAGGUAAUGUUUCAGACUUGUAAUGAGCUACUGGAGUCAGAACAUUUCAUGGAGAGUUUGAAAAAGGAUGGAUUCCAAGUCAUACUAGUUGACCCAAUCUAUCCAUGCGGAGAGCUGGUAGCUGCAAAACUGGGCAUCCCUCUGGUGUACACGUUACGCUUCUCUGUUGCCAAUGUCAUGGAAAGGCUCUGUGGGCAACUGCCAGCACCCCCAUCAUUUGUACCGGGAGCGAUGAGCAAGUAUACUGACCAGAUGGGAUUUAUUGAUAGAAUGAUGAACUUACUCUUCUAUUGGUCUCAAGAUCUGUUUGCUACGAUGCUAUGGAGAGACCUUGACAAGUUCUACAGUGAAGUUUUAGGGAAACCCACCACCCUUUGUGAAACAAUAGGGAUGGCUGAUAUCUGGCUGAUUCGCACAUACUGGGAUUUCGAAUAUCCACGACCUUUUCUUCCCAACUUUAAGUUUGUUGGAGGACUUCACUGUAAGCCUGCUAAGCCGCUCCCUAAGGAUAUGGAGGCGUUUGUGCAGAGUUCUGGGGAUGAUGGUAUUGUUGUGUUCACUCUCGGGUCAAUGGUCAAAAACCUCACCAAAGAGAAAGGAGAAGUGAUUGCUACAGCUCUAGGACAGUUACCGCAGAAGGUCAGUCAUCCAGUUUUGCGCCCAUAAGAUUAAGUUGCUGCUGUUUCCUUACAAACUGAUGAAAAGUAAAUGUACAAGUAAUUCUUACAGGUAAAAGCACAAGUACACUACAUGGAAAAAAGUAUUAGGACAUCUGGCCAUUACACCUACAGGAACUUUUAUGACAUCCCAUUCUAAAUCCAUAGGCAUCAAUAUGGAGUUGGUUCCCCCCUUGCAGCUACAGCAGCUGCCACUCUUCUGGGAAGGCUUUCCACUGAUUUUGGAGUGUGUCUGUGGGAAUGUUUGCUCAUUCAUCCAAAAGAGCAUUUGUAAGGACAGGCACAGAUGUUGGAUGUGAAGGCCUGGCUCACAGUCUCCAUUCUAGUUCAUCCCAAAGGUGUUCAAUGGGGUUGAGGUCAAGGCUCUGUGCAGGCCAGUCCCAAGUUCUUCCACACCGAACUGAGCCAACCAUGUCUUUAUGGACAUUGCUUUGUGUGACACAAUCAUGCUGGAAAAUUACCUUUUCCAAACUGUUCCCACAAAGUUGAAAG